AACUCGGGGCUGCUGGCCAAAGAGAGCAACCAGGUCAAAGGCGUCGCGCUCAAGUACCACGAGCCGCCGGAGGCGCGGAAGCCGACACAGAACUGGCGGCUGUACGUGUUCAAGGGGGACGAGCAGGUCGACCUCAUCCACGUGUAUCGCCAAAGCUGCUUUCUUGUCGGGCGCGAUGCGCUCGUCGCUGAUGUCCACGUGCAGCACCCGAGCUGCAGCAAGCAGCACGCGGUGUUGCAGUUCCGCGGCGUGUCGCGGCGCAACAAGUACGGCGACGUCACGAGCGAGGUCAAGCCGUUCAUCAUAGACCUCGACAGCACCAACGGCACGUAUGUGAACGGGGAGGAGGUGCCCAAGUCACGAUACUAUGAGCUCCGGGUGAACGACGUGUUGAAGUUCGGGACGUCGGCGCGUGAAUACGUGCUUCUGCAUGAGGACGCUGCCAAGUAG